AUGCUCAUCUACCCGGUGGGAAAGAGUGGAAUGUAUUCAGUCGUGAUAACGCCGGGAAAGGGGAAACGUGGGCCGCCAUGCUGCAGACGCAUUAUGCUACAGAUAGACCAAGUUUGCCAAUCGGAUAAAGUUGAAAAGCGAGAUAAGGUUGACGAAUUAGUUUAUUGUGAAUGUGUUGUGCGUGCUGAUCCGAGUAGUGGUUGCAUCUGCUGUUUCCUAUGCGAGAACGGUCUGGUUUGUGAUUCGUUGGCCUGGAUGCGAGCGGGUCAGAAACAGCCGAAUUUCACAGCUAUGAACAAAAUUGCUUCCCGGAAGAAUUUAGAAGACAACGGAUUCAUUCAGAAUGUCCACAGUCUCAAUAAUAACCGAAGUAACAAAUACAAGGUGGACGAGUAUCGCAGUUUCAAGCAGAAAAAGUCGUUCGCUCAGAGGAAGCUGGAAGUGGCGAACAUCCGAGCGAAAUUUCCACACAAAGUUCCGGUGAUUGUUGAAAGAUAUCACAAGGAAAUCUCCCUGCCUCUACUUGACAAAACCAAGUUUCUAGUCCCUCAAGAGCUGUCCAUGUCUCAGUUUGUGCAAAUUAUAAGGCUUGACUCUUCGGGGUUGGGAUGUAACUUCGUUUUCUGGGAUUGCGAAAAUGCGGAAUUCUGUGAUCCGUCAUUUUCAGGCAAGGAAAGUGGGGCAGAGUUUCUUGUUGUACUCGGGAAGGGUGGAGGAGAAAAGGGAGGAAAAGUGGCACAAAAUCUCGGGCGAGGAAUGUAUAGGGCGAACACGACUUGGGGGCCUUUGCAUCGUUCGUCUUCUCCAGCUCAGGCCGGAGAUUCCGUGUUUGACAUCGGGCAUUUCCCCACUUGGCAAACCGCUGUGAAAUUCGUCACGUACCGUGACGUAGCUUGCAUCACGACAGGAAGAAAAAGCGCUGACGUCGGGGCUGACGUCUUGGCGUCGCAAGUUGAACCCGCGGCUGGCUACACAGAGCCUCUGUCGAUAUUCAUCGCCAGCGAGGUCUUUUCUGAUAAUCAGACGUCGUUAAGACGCCGCUCUGGCGAACAGUCGUCCCGAUAUUCGAAAAUGCGGAUCGGAAAUGAGGGCUACUGCAGUCGAGAGGGUCAUGGUGGAGUGGUACUCUGUACUCGUCGCGAAACUGCCGAGUCUUAUCAGCUUAGUGUUGGGGAAUGUUUUGUGCGGGCGCUGAAGCCGCAAGGGCGCCGCGUAAGUCGGCCGAAUUGCGUUCGCCGCUCUGUGAGCGACAAAUACGGCGUUGUUUCGUGGCGCCGGGAUCAGCCGAUAAGGGAAAAGCCACCCGAAACUGAAGCGGUCAAUGACCGCCAAAGACUAAAAAUAAAGCAAGGCGCAAAGGUUAAACGUACUCAAGGCGGCUGA